AUGGCCACAGCUGCUUUGAUGUCCAAAGCGGGGCUGAGCACAGAUUACAGUAAAUCAGACCUUGUAUUGAAGAGUUUCACAGACCCCACUCGUGGCCUUGCGCUGAAAAUGGGCUUUUCUUCGUCGCCGAAACGCGGCUUUGCCUGGGAGUAUGCCGUCGACCCGCGCACGCGGUUUGAGUACAUUAUGCGGGUUAUUGCGUGGCAACAUCUGUGUAUGUCUGGAAACGCUGGCGGCGGCUUCAGUAGUGUGGGCUAUGCGCAAAACGAUGUACUCUGGUUUCAUGGCUUAAGCAAGAACUGGGAGUUUGAGAGAGAGGUCGUAUUCCGGGGCGAGGAGGUGUUCAAUGUGCUGGCGACACGCGUGGAUACUGGUCCCGAGUCUGAGGCGUCUAGGAGAGCACGCCGGCUCAGGGGCUCCUGGAAUAUGGAGGCGAACAAUGGGAAGGAUAUUGAGCCCGGGACGUUUGCGGAGCUACUUCGGUACGGGACGCAUUUAUGGCAGGAGCGCGAUCAGAUUCGAUAUGUGAAGAGCGAGAAGCCUGCGGAAGCUUUGCGGAAAGGACUCCUUGAGCCUUAA